UUUGUGGACCAAUGUGCCCCCACCUAACCCCACUACCCAUCACACAAUCCACUCCCUCUUUUCUCUCUUUGGCCAGUCACUCCCACUAUUGUUCUCCUUUUCUUUUUCUUUUUCAGUCAACACAACACACAUACACACACUCCUCUCCCUCACAAUCCCACCGGUACAUUCCUCAUCCUCACCUCUACCAUUUUUUCCGGCAAAAUCACUAGAAAAUCCUCAAGAACAUCACACCUUCACAUAAGUUAAUUGAGGUUCUAGCUAAUCUCCCCUUGGAGCUUGGAGAAUUAGGAUUUUGCGGUUGCUAGGUAUAAGUACCUUGGUACAUUAUGCCUCCUAAAAAGAAAGCACGUAAAGUAAGGCAUGUGGAUGAGGUUACAGCUCCAGAGCAUGGCCAUAGGCAACGCCAAGAGCGUGAGAGAUCUGUCACUCCUGAUGGUGGCGAGAUUGACGAGGUGGCAGACAAGAUUUAUGCUAGGAUUGCUAGAGCAGUCCAAGGUGGUGAACGUAGGAGGGGAGAUUGCCUUUUUGGGGAGUUUCGUAAGCAAAACCCUCCAACUUUUGAUGGGGGACUUGAUCCUAUGGCAGUAGAGAAUUGGUUGCUAAAGAUGGAAAAAUUACUGAGAGCCCUUGAAUGUACUGAUGCUCAGAAGGUGUUGUAUGCCACUUAUGCUCUUCAGGGUUCUGCUGAUAGAUGGUGGUCAAGCACUGAGCCAUUGUUGAGUACGGAGUUGGGAAGGGGCACUCCCAUUACUUGGGAGAAGUUUAAGGAAGUUUUCAAUAGGACAUACUUCCCCGAUGUAGUGAGGGACCGUAAGGCAAGAGAAUUUUCUGAUUUGGUUCAGGGGGCUAUGACAGUGGAGGAGUAUGUUGCUAAGUUUAUUGAGCUCUCUCGCUUUGCUCCUUACUUGAUUCCGGAUGAGUCCAAGAAAGUGAAAAAGUUUCGGGAGGGCCUUGAUGGUAGGAUUCGCCCUCUCAUUAUAGCCUCUGGAGUGGAUACUUUUACGGAGGCUGUGAAGCGGGCAAUGAGUCUUGAAGAAGACUUUAAGUACAACCCCAUUUCCAAGGAGAGUGAAAAGAAGCAAGGGCCCUUUAAUUCUCAACAUGGUAAGGGUCAAGGGCAUAAGAAAGGAUUCUUUAAAAACUCGGGUAAUAGAGGACAAUGUUCUAGGCAUAGCAAGAGUGCCUAUCCUCAAUCUGGUGAUAAGAAGUGGCCUUGCAUUCGUUGUGGUAAAACCCAUGAGGGUCAAACUUGCAUGGAGGGAGUAAAGUUAUGCUACACUUGUAAGCAACCCGGACACUUUGCUAGGCAAUGCCCAACUACCAAGGGCUCGGGUUCCUCUUCCUCAUCUCAAGUUGCAAAGGGUAAUGACAAUGGGAAGAAGGUGCAAGGUAGAGUGUAUGCCUUGACUACUCAGGAUGCUCAGGCCACGGAUACAGUGGUGGCAGGUAAACUUCCUUUGUUCUCUGCACAUGCUAAAGUUCUUUUUGAUCCUAGUUCUACACAUUCUUUUGUUUCUUGUGCAUUUGCUAAGAAUCAUGACAAGAGCCCCGAACUACUUGACUUUGAGUUAUCGGUUUCUACCCUUGUUGGUGAUACUUUGUUGACUAAUCUUGUGCUUAAGUCUUGUAUUAUUUGUAUUGAGGGUAGAGAGUUAUUGGCUGAUUUGGUGCUGUUAGAUAUGCAUGAUUUUGAUGUCAUUUAG